AUGGCUCUCCACCACCUUAAAAACGGCAAGGCCCGGGGCGAGGAUGGAAUUACAGCGGAGCUUCUGAAAGCGGGUGGAACACCGGUACUUGAAGUCCUUCAGAAGCUCUUCAAUUCCAUCCUCCAUGGUGGCACUACUCCGGAGGCGUGGAGCAGAAGCGCGGUGGUCUUGUUCUUUAAGAAAGGCGACAACGCUCUUUUGAAGAACUACAGAUCGAUUUCCCUCCUGAGCCGCGUCUACGUGCUGUUUUCGAGAGUCAUUACGAAUCGUCUCGCACGCAGACUCGACGACUUCCAGCCUCCCGAACAAGCCGGUUUCCGAAAAGGCUUCAGUACCAUAGACCACAUACAUACCCUUCGACGAAUUGUACAGAAGACCGAAGAGUACAAUCUGCUACUUUGCCUGGCGUAUGUGGACUAUGAGAAAGCCUUUGAUUCCGUCGAAAUUUGGGCGGUGCUACAGUCUCUUCAUCGGUGCCUAGUUGACUGUCGGUAUAUUGAAGUGCUGAAGUGUUUGUACAGUAGGGCUACGAUGGCUAUCCGAGUACAGAACCAGAGUACGAAACCUAUCCAACUGCAGAGAGGUGUAAGACAGGGUGAUGUUAUAUCCCCGAAACUCUUCACCGCUGCGUUGGAAGACGUUUUCAAGCUACUGGACUGGAAAGGAUACGGUAUUAACAUCAAUGGCGAGUACAUCACUCACCUUCGAUUUGCCGACGAUAUAGUCCUUAUGGCAUAA